CCACCGACACUACUACCUCCCAUCCCCAUCAUCACCACUAGUUUCUUCCUGGUUACUCACCUUCCACUGAACAACACACAACCUUCUCAUAUCUCACAACCAUCGCAACAGCCCACUUCACCAACAUCUCUCUUACAACAACUUUGCUCUGACGCACGACAACCCCAAUACCCCCAACAACACACCUCACACAACCUUCGCUAUGGCUCUCAAGCGCAUCAACAAGGAACUCACGGAUCUCGGCCGCGACCCUCCUUCCUCUUGCUCGGCUGGUCCCAUCGGAGAUGACCUGUUCCACUGGCAAGCGACGAUCAUGGGUCCUAGCGACUCACCAUACUCCGGCGGCGUCUUCUUCCUAGCCAUUCAUUUCCCCACCGACUACCCCUUCAAGCCCCCGAAGGUCAACUUCACCACCCGCAUCUACCACCCUAACAUCAACUCAAACGGUAGCAUCUGUCUGGAUAUCCUCCGAGACCAAUGGAGUCCUGCUUUGACCAUCUCAAAGGUUCUUCUCAGUAUCUGUUCGAUGUUGACCGACCCCAACCCCGACGACCCGCUCGUUCCGGAAAUCGCACAUGUCUACAAGACCGACCGGUCUAGGUACGAGUCUACGGCUCGGGAGUGGACCCGGAAGUAUGCCAUCUAGUGAAAAGAGCUCUUUAGGCAUGGCAUGGCAUGGCGGCCUUUGCAGGCGGAGCUGGUUUUUCCUUUAGAAUGAUGAACGACAAAUGGCCCCUGGUGGAUUCAGAUUCUAGCAUGCAAGUACGAGAGAGAGAAGAGAUCCCUUCAAAUACGGGCGGCGGAUGGAUCAGGAGUUUUUCCUUGCGCAAAUCUCGGCGUGCUUUUGGAAGAAAGGGCUGGGACGAACUCUUGCUUAGCUUCUAGCAGCAGCAGAAUGGCUCUCUUUUCUUACAUCUUCCCCCAAUCAUUCUGCGAACGAUACACAUUAUCACCAUCUGCAUUUUAUGGUUUAGGGUUUCGGAAAUGUGCAUGAUCACUUCCACAUGUUUGCUGAGAGGAUUUUGAUCAUUCUGUGAUGUCCGUGGCUAGUGAUGUUGCGUGUGUACUGAAUCGUUAACACUGUUUGUACCCCUCACCCUUCUCAUCAGCUACAGUGAACUCAGACCA